CCUUUUUAAAAUCUUAAAAUCUCAUAUCUUUUUGCUCUAACCAUUUCUCUUGUCUCUCUCGUUCUCUCUCUGUCUCCAUGAGCUCUCUGGCUUCUUCAUCUUCAUCAAUAUUUUCUCUACAAGGCCAUGAAGAAACACCCUAAGCCGUGUAGCUUUCUCUUCUAUAUCUCUCUACUCUCUGUGUUGUUCGUCUUUCUUCUCAUUUCUUUUGCUUUUACGACUUCUUACAAGCGUAAAUCCGGCAUUGAUCUUAGCCAUAAGAGAAUUCUAGCGAGUAAUUUUGACUUUACACCGUUUCUCAAGAACAAAGAUCGAACUCAACAUCAACGUCGAAGUCAAGGCCUGACAGGAGAAGAAACCGGUUCUUGGUAUAACGAUGACGAACGGAUCGUACCUAGCGGUCCAAACCCUUUGCAUCACUAG